UGAGUCAUUUGUUUAUGCCCCUGUGGGUUUGACAUCACCAAGCACGUGCCCCCUCUCCUUCUUCCUUUUACCAGGUCAGACGUCAGGCAAGAUAUAAAAGAAACUGCAGCACAGCUGCCAGCAAAAGGGGACAGAUCCUGCCACCAGCAGCUACUUGUCCAACUACUGUGCUUACGAUUUGGAGAUUCUAAGGAUUUCUAUAAAGAUCCCACAAGAUUUGUGAGUCAUGGUUGCACAUGGAAGUCUCGUGUUGCCUUUGCUUGUGAUCAGUCUCAACCUCUGCAAUGCCCUCUGGAUGGACAACAGAGACAGACGGAUGCCUCCACCGGUUGUAUCAUUCCUGGACAAAAUACGAGAUUUUGGAAGAAAGACGUCAGGUGGGACAGAGAGACAAGUUGCAGAUGGUCACACGCCCACAGAGCUCAAUAAAGAAUAUCGGCCAAGGGACAAUUCCAUAAAUAGCAUGAAUACUCACAUAAGCUCCCGUCUUCAUCCUAGAGAAAAGCGUUAUAUUUCACCAAUAUCCAUACGGGGCUGCCACCUGGGCACUUGUCAGAUUCAGAACUUGGCCAGCAUGCUUCACCGCCUUGGAAACAAUGGCUACAAAGAUGACUCCAAAAGACAUACCAAUGAUCCUUUAGGAUAUGGCAGGAGACGCCGUUCACUGCUACAGAAUAAAAAGAGAACUGAUUUAUCAGGGAUAUUACUGGCCACAUAAGAAGCAUUCCGUGGGACCAUUACGCUUACUCCACAAAACCAAGAAUAAUGCAGCAUGGAAUCUAACAAUAAGUAGAGCAGAAUUUGUGGUCUUUAGGACUUCCUUUGGGGUAAAACCAAAACCCCUGACAUGGGCUCCUGGGUGGUCAUACUGCAAGCCACUAGCCUCAGAGGCAGAAGAUGAGCGUGUAGUGAAACCUUUAAUAGAAAAGAUCUUGUCAUUGAUUUACCUAGUUAUUGAAGAGCCAAGCUGUAUUCUUCAUUUCCAUGCUUUGUGAAAGUACUAUAAUAAGGAGUAUCGUAUCAAGCUGUAGUGAGAUAACCUCCUUGUAAUCUACUGUGUAACUCAGUGUGCCGACAAUAACAUCACCACAUAAUGUUUAGAAUGGAAUUAAAUGCUUUGCUUUAUGCAGAUGACAUGACUACAAUCUCUGAAAAUAAUGGGAUGCCGUGUCAAAAAAGGGGAGCAAUUGUGCACUUGGGUGUCUAAAGCAGGGCUGGUUAACCUGCAGCUCUCCAGCUGUUAUAGAACUACCCCACUAUCCCAAUCCCCAAAGUCAGGGUUACAGUUCAAGAACCAAGCUUGUGUCACCCUAUCCUUAAAAGUGGACAUGCAAGGAGGAAAAUGUAUAAAAUAAACCUAGUACAUGGUAAUGUGUUCCCCUUUAAUUCCUCUAUUUUUGAAUUGCCAUGGUCCAACUUUUCUAGCUAAGCAUUGUCAGGUGACUCAAGACUGAGUGUGAAGCCCCUGUACAGAGCAAAGUUUGGGCCUGCUCAAUUGCCCUGUCCUGAUAGGUCUGCACAGAGUCUUAAAUGUUAUCUACCAAACCACCUGGGUAGCCAACCGGGCCAAAUAUCCACUAGUUGGCCAACUUCUGCCAUGUGUUGGUUACUUCUAGAGGUCAGAAGCACAGAGGGGUUUAGUGCCCCAAAACAUUCCUUCUUCCUAAGAGAAACAUUGCAGAUAAACUACAUUACAUGAUUGCUUCUCCUCCUCCCUUACACACUCGGGGUAGUUCGGAUUGUAAAUAUGGUGUAUAAAAUAUUUAUGUAAAUAUAUGAAUACUUGUAUUUAUAGAUUUUAUAGUUAUUUGUAUAUUUAAGUUAAAUUUCUAAGUUAUAUAUUUGAGUGGGGUUACAGAAUGUACUGGAAGACAGACCAAUGUGAAGAUCUACAAGAUGUGUCCACAGAGUAAAAAGAUUUCUACAUACAAAA